ACGCCUGACGAGUUUCUGCUUCUACUUCUGUUCGAUCUAUGGUCGAUUUUUAGUGUGUUUCAAGCUUUUUUACAAUGCACCUACUUUUUCGAAGGCAUAUUUUGGUAGAAGAAGCUGGAAUUGCAGCUGAAUUUCUUUCUGCGGUAACUCGAACUGCCCAGUCAAUAAAGCAAGGAAAACAUACCAUCAAAGCUCUUGAAAGUGGCACACCGAGACUCAGGAUGGCAGCAUCUCUUAACAAAAGAAAACACAGGGAAAAACAUGGCCGUAUCAUGCUAGAGGGAUGGCGCCACAUACGAGAAGCUUUUAUGGCUAAAGCUAAGGUGUUAAAUAUAUUUUAUUCCAAUCCAGCACUGCUUGAUCACAUCGACACUUCAAGUUUACCAUCCAGCUGUCUGGCUCAAAUAAGCGAAGAAACGAUGGAGAGUUUAUCAAGUGCUGUCACACCACCUGGUAUAAUAGGGAUGUUCAAGCGUCCCAGACAGGGCGAAGGGGGAGAAUUGAAGAACAGAAACACUCUUCAACUUCCAUUGACAGUGUUAUGUGAUGGGCUGAAAGAUCCAACAAACUUAGGUACAUUGGUGCGCACAUCUGCAGCAGCAGCUUGCCAGUCCUUUAUAACUUCAACAGGUUGUGUUGAUGUAUGGGACCCAAAAGUGUUAAGAUGUGCUGCCGGAGGUCAUUUUUAUCUUCCCAUUCAUUACAACUUGGAUUGGGAAGAGAUUGAGGCAGUCAUUGCAGAUAAAAGGAUUUUCCUUGCAGACAAUAACAUUUCUGAUGACCUAUGUAUUCCAUCAUCAGCACAUUUCUUAGUGGACUGGACUCAAGGACCCAGUGUUUUGGUUAUUGGUGGUGAGACCACAGGAUUAGGGGAAAUUAUCAAAAACAUAGCUUGGCAACAUCAAGGACAACUUGUUCGUGUUCCCAUGGCAAACACGAUUGACUGUUUAAGUGCAGCAAUGGCUGGCACAGUUAUUAUUUAUGAGGCUUACCGACAAUUACUUAUUGCUGAACAGGAUAGAUAACAUGAUCAGUGUGAAGAGGUUAAAUUUGUUGAUUUGCCAAUUAAUAGUUUUUUGUUACAUUCAUUUUGAAAUCACUUGGAAUCCUUGCAAUUUGAUUGGCUCUCACUGCUGCGAUUUAUUCACAAACUGCACCAUCGUGUGCUCUGAAUCAUGUUAGUAACCAGGCAAUGAGAGAGCUUUGCUAAAACACAACAACCAAUCAAAUUUCAAGGCUUGUUGAAAGAAAUAAAUCAAUCUGAUGGAAAAUGAGAGACAACUAGUGCAAAUUUUUACAAACCACCUUAAUAAACUGCAUAAAUGAAAUAUUUUUUCAGACUAAAAAAAACUUGUAUUGUGCGAAUAAAUUUUUUGAUUUCAAAAUAAAUACAAUCAUAAAGUUGAAAUUAAACGUAGGUCUGUAUUGUGCAAUUUUGGUCUGAAAUCCAAAUCAAACUCAUGCUGCAUGCUUGUUUAAUUGCAUAUGAUUUCAGACCAAAUUGCACUCCACUCAGUUUGGUUACAAUUCAGAAUUGUA